GGGGGCGGGGCCCUGUGGUGCGAGCGGGGGGUGCAGGUGCUGCUGACGGCCGUGGGCGCCUUCGCGGCCUUCGGCCUCAUGGCCAUCGCCAUCGGCACCGACUACUGGCUGUACGCGCGCGCCCGCGUCUGCAACGCCACCGGCAACGCCACCAACAGCGCGGGGACGGCCACGGGGACCGCGGCCACCGCGCACGGGGGGCUCACACACUCCGGCCUCUGGAGGGUCUGCUGCCUCGAAGGUCUGAAGCGGGGGCUGUGCCUGCGCAUCAAUCACUUCCCCGAGGACCUGGAGUACGACCACGACAGCGCCGAGUACCUGCUGCGCGUGGUCCGGGCCUCGAGCAUUUUCCCCAUCCUGAGCGCGGUGCUGCUGCUGCUGGGGGGGCUCUGCGUGGCGGCCUCGCGGCUGCGGCGCGCCAGGACCAGCCUGGUGCUCGGCGCCGGCAUCCUCUUCGUGGCCGCGGGCCUCUCCAACAUCAUCGGCGUCAUCGUUUACAUCUCGGCCAACGCCGGGGGGGAGGGGUCAGGGGGGGGCCUCCCCUCCCCCCCCCGGCGGGACGGGGAGCGCCGCCCCUCCCCCUACAGCUACGGCUGGAGCUUCUACUUCGGGGGCGUCUCCUUCAUCCUGGCCGAGGCCAUCGGCGUCCUGGCCGUCAACCUCUACAUCGAGCGUCACCGCAAGGCCCCGCCCCCUCCGCCGGCCCCGCCCCCCGCGCCGCCGCUUUUACCCCGGCAGGCCCCGCCCCCUCUGUCCAGGCCCCGCCCCCCGCGCCGCCGCUCGCGCUCGGGCUCGCGCUCCAGCGGCAAGUCACGUGACCCCUCCCCUCCCUCCGCGCAGGCGCAGCCGCAGCAGCGUGGGAAGGCCUCGGCCUCCCCUCCCCCCGCUGAGAUUUCCAUGUACACCCUGAGCAGGGGGGGAGGGGCCGGCGGGGAAGGGCCCCUCCCCCCGCCCGGA